CCCCCCCCCCAAAAAAAAAAAAAAACUCCCCAAAACUUCGUACUUCGCUUAAACCCUCUCUCUCCCUCUCUCUGUUUUCUGUAUUUUCUCUCUCUAAAAUCUCUGUUGAGUGCUCGGUUUUUAGCUUCGGAUGAAGGUUUUUAGGUCGAAUCGUGCACUGAAUCUGAAUAGAUGUUGCUGUGGCUUUGGUUUAGGAAAAGCUCUGGUGUACUCGACCACAUCAACCGUAUCUGCGCCUGCAAAACCAAGGGACUCUUUGUACCGUCGGAUUUCGCCUCUGGGACAACCAACGGUGUCGAUCGUUCCGGUGCUGGAUCGGUGGAUCGAAGAAGGAAGAAAUGUGAGUAAAGAACAGCUUCAACACAUCGUCAAGGAGUUGAGACGUUACAGUCGAUUCAGGCACGCUCUUGAGGUAUCUCAAUGGAUGAGUGACAAAAGGUGUUUUGAACUCUCGUUUGGUGACAUUGCUGUCCGGCUGGACUUGAUCUCAAAAGUUCAUGGAACAGAACAAGCAGAAAAUUAUUUCAAUAAUAUUCCAAAAAAAUUGAAAAUCAUAGGGGCUUAUGGUGCCCUCCUCAACUGCUAUGCCCGAGAGAAAUCUGUGGAAAAAGCGGAGGCCAUCAUGCAGAAGAUGAAGGAGUUGGGAUUGUCUAGGGCGACAUUGACCUACAAUAUUAUGCUAAAUCUCUAUCGUCAGACGGAAAACCAUGAUAAAUUAGAUGCUCUGAUACACGAAAUGGAAGAAAAGGAUAUCCAAUACGAUAAGUUUACCUUCAGCAUUCUGCUGACUACAUACACAGACACCUCUAACGUUGAAGGAAUGGACAGGAUAUUGCAGAGGAUGGAAUCUGAUCCAAAGGUUGUCUUGGAUUGGAAUGCUUAUUCAAUUGUGGCAAAUGGGUUUUUGAAAGCUGGGCUUACAGAGAAGGCUUUGGCAAUGCUGACAAAAUCUGAGAGUCUCAUCUUAACUACCAAAAGGCGGAGGAGUAUGGCUUUUGAUUACCUUGUGACACAAUAUGCAGCAAUAGGGAAGAAAGACAACGUGUUACGACUUUGGGAACUCCACAAGAAGACAGAAAAGAUAUACAACAAGAGCUAUAUAAGCAUGAUAACCUCACUAUUGAAGUUCGAUGACAUAGCAGGUGCUGAGAAGAUCUUUGAGGAGUGGGAAUCCAGUGAAUUGAGUUACGAUUUCCGGGUUCCAAACUUUUUGAUUGGUGCAUAUUGCAGAAAGGGUCUUGUGGAGAAGGCUGAAGCUUUUAUAAAUAGGGCAAAAAUGAGAGGGGGCAAUCCGCUCCCACUUACAUGGUACUUCUUGGCUACAGGAUAUGUUAAAGAUAAUCAAAUUGCAAAGGCAGUCGAAGCAAUGAAGGUAGCGGUCUCAACUUGUGAGCCACGACUGAAGGUAAGCAAGCCCACUUUAGCUGCUUGUCUGGAGUACUUGAAAGAGAAGGGCGAUGUUGAGGAAGUGGUGGAAUUUUUAAGGUUACUUCUGGCCAAGGGUGUUGUCUCAGCUGAUAUUCAUGAAAAAUUGUUAAAUUAUAUGAAAAAUGCAAAAUCAUUUUCGCAAGCUCUUAGUUUAAUGGAAGAGGAUGCUUUGGCUGGGGCUGGAGAAACAACAAAAAUUUCGGAGGAGAAGCAAAUGGAUGCUUGGGUUGCAGAUGGAGAAAUAUAUGGGAUUACAGAGCUGAAAUAGAAUUGUUGCAAAAAAAUACUUGGAAAUUGCUAAAUCUUCCGAACUUCAAUGUGUUGUUGGGACAAGUCAUACUGUUAGUAAUGGAGUUUUGUUCAUCAGACAUGCAAAGCACUUUUUGUUCUCUUAAACAUUUUUGUAUAUAUUUUUGCA